AUUUUUCCAAUUGCACCAGUGAAGGUAUGGCCUGGGACUUUGAGUCAAAGCCGGUUGAGAUCAAACGAGUUACGGGGAUGACUCCAGAUGUUUUCACUAGUUUCUAUAGAAACAGGCAUCCCAUAAUACUCACCGACAUAGUCAGUGCCUGGAAGCCAAUCAGAGCUUGGAACCCUGCAUAUAUUAGCCAAGCACUGGCACAGGUGAAGGAGAAAUGGACUGUGUUUGUUGCCCAUGACAACCAACAGUUUUUGAAUCACCCAGAGGUUACGAAAAAGGUGGAAAUGACACCAGAAGACCUAGUUGCGGCAGUUUUUAGAACAGAACCUACUCAAAAAGCAGAUUUGAAGACCUCGUACAGUGCAGAAAAUUUAUCACCAGAGGCCUCAAAAUUGGAUGCAAAUGCAGAAAACAUCACUGACGUAUCUACAACUGAUAUGAGUACCACGUGUGAACAGGAAGAAAACAGAAGGUAUUACUUAAGAAGUCUUAGUAUGCCAGAGCCACUAUAUCAGGACAUCUUCAUUCACAGCCAAGCUAAACACCUGCUGGACAGUAUUUACCAGUUGGCCAAUGAGCAGUUUUUGAGUGAGGAGGAUUGGACAGACUCUGAAAGCAAAGAUGUUGACAAAGAAUUUGACAAGUUGGCAGUGAGAGAAAGUGGCAGCCAUAACAAAGACAACCCUUGUGAACAAAGUUGCAGUUUAGAAAAGGUUCAAGAAGAAAUUGGAGUAGAGACAUGCAAUUCUACUGGGUGCAAAAAAAAUUCAAAGGUAGAAGAUGUCACUGAUGAACACCCAAGAGAAGCAUUGCAGUGCAGUGACUGCAAGAAAGAGGGCGCUUAUGAAUCAUACCAACUGCACGCAGACAUGGUUGACUCCAGUUUUGCCCUGAUGAAACUCCCCACAAGGUUUGAGAUUGGCUGUAAGAGAAUCUUCAACCAGAACACCAUGCAGCUGUGGCUGGGUAGUGCUGGGAACGUUACACCCCUGCACUACGACAGGAACCACGGCCUGCUCUCGCAGAUCGUUGGCUGUAAAGAGCUCGUCCUCUUUUCUCACGAGGACACCAACAACUUGUAUCCGUAUUCAAGUCUUAGUGACAGGUCCCACACCAGCCGGGUUAAUCUCCGAACAACAGACCGAGACGAGGUAGAGCGGUUCCCCAGAGUGGCAGAGGCACAAAGGUACCAUUGUGUGCUCAGGCCAGGUGAACUGCUGUAUAUCCCUCCCUUCUGGUGGCAUGAUGUGACCUCACUUGACCCCUGUGUGUCUGUGACCCUACCCUGGGACCUGGAAGCACAUGAAGAAAUCCCAGCAUGCAUGUGGAGACAUCACUUGGAAUUCAUAUCUAAGGAAAAGGAUGCUGGGAUAUGUGACAUGGAGGAUGCUGGUAUUGGUGCUGCAAUGCUUGCUGGGACUGCUGCUUACUAAUUUCAAUAACUGAGUUGAAUGUACGACUUUUUUCCUUUUAUAACCUUUUGCUCUAGUUGACUUGACACCCUGACAUAGGUAGAAAAUUUAUGUGCUUGACAAAUGAUUAUUGUUGCAUUUAUAGUUAAUUUGUUGUGCCGAACAGUUAAAUGAAUAUUAGUGUAUUCCUAGUUUCUCAAAGGUAUCAACUGUAUAUUUGUGUUAUGUUAUUUUCAACUCCUUUGCUUUGUGUUAUCAUGCUAUUUCUGACUUAUUUUCAUUCCACAAGCUUUCUUUUGUUUUUUUUUCUUUCACCUCAAGGACUGACAUGAACAUAACAGACAUAACACAUUAUUGUUGUUAUUGAUAUACAGGUCGUUUAUUGUAGUAACAUUAACUUUUGAGGGAAAAUCAUUACAAUAACAAGACUUAAAUUUUUUGAAAAAAUUCUUUUUAAUGCUUUAACAUGUUAAAUCCUAUUUGUAAAAUGAUAGGCUGUGAGUUUACACUCUUUGGCUUGCAAAUGUGUGGAGAAAAGUAAAUAAAACUUGCUGGUGAUUGAUAAACAAUAAGCAGCUAUACUAGCACAGUGAUGGGAUGUAUGGCAUAAAAUAUGAAGGAUAAUGGAAUUGCUUCUUUUCUUAA